GACACCAUAGUAACAUUUGGACUGCGUUCCAGAGAGGAAACAAAGAGUCUCAAGAGUUCCGUAACGUCGAAAAUGGCGUCCGGUGAUCGGACGAAUCAGCCGUUGUCUCCUCCGACGCCGAUUGUGCAGCCAACUACUCCGACGAAGCGUGUAUUGAUCACUAGCCUUCUCGCAGGAAUUGUAGGAGGAGGAGUUGGUUUAGUGUCUAAGCACCGGAAAGCUUAUCCCAAUAUCCCCACUAUUUACGCUACUAACUUCGCUAUCGUCGCUGGUUGCUAUUGCGGAGCUCGUGAGUUUGUGAGAAUAACUCGAAGAUCAGAACACGAGGAUUUGAUGAGCUCAGCUAUCGGAGGGCUUUUCAGUGGUGCUUUGCUAGGACGACUUCAAGGAGGUCCUCAUGGAGCAUUUCGCUACUCUGUCAUCUUUGCUGCUAUGGGUACAGCAUGUGAUUAUGCUGCCCUUAGAGCAAAACCAAUGUUAGAGAGCUUCCGUGACAUGGAUUCGAUCAAGUUGCCUGAAUGGUCUCCGAUUCAAAUCCUCGAUGAAGAAGCCUUGGCAAAGAAGCAAGAGGAACAGAGAAUAUUUGCAGAAAGAUCCUUCGGCAGAUUGAACAAGGAAGAGGCUUGACUGUUUAUAGAUUUCUGAGGUUAUUGGCAUUUUGUUUUAUGGUUUUGCUGUUAAGUGAAAGUAAAUUCGGGUCUUUUAGAUGAGACUUGAGGAGGAUUUUUGAAUACGGGAUGCCUUCUGACAUACGGUUGUAGAAUUGUUAAGACUUGUGGCAAAUUAAUGUAAAUGUAGCAGUGUUGGCAGACUUAG